UUCAAGCUGAACAUUAAUGCUCAAUGUGCUACUCAUACACUACCCAUCCACAGCUUCCACCAAUUAUUGAUGCAUUUCAAGAAGCUUCUUCAAACUUCUCCCAUGUCUGAUCAAAUCUUUUUUGUUCUCCUUGCUAUCUUGUUUAUUCAUCCUCUUUCUGCAUCACCACCACCAGCUAUAUCCACCUCUCGGAUCACUGUUGUGGGUGCUGUUUUUUGUGACACAUGUUCAACCAAUUCUUUCUCUAAAGACAGCUACUUUUUGCCAGGAGUGGAUGUUCACAUACAAUGCACAUUCAAAGUGAUUUCCCCCAAGACCACUGAGCAGAUCUCCUUCUCGGUCAAUAGAACGACUGAUAAAUAUGGAGUUUAUAAGCUUGAAAUACCCCAUGUGGAUGGUGUUGACUGCGUGGAUGGUACAGCAAUGGAGUCAAAGUGCCAAGCAAGCUUAAUAGGGAGCUCAUCUUCAACAUGCAAUGUUCCAGGUUUAAACAUGGCAACAAAUGAAAUAUCAGUAAAAUCAAAACAAGAUAGUCUUUGUAUAUACAGCUUAAAAGCUCUGAGUUACAAACCGUUCAAAAGAAAUGUUAGUUUGUGUGGAAAUAACAAAAAGGGAUUGCAAAUGCAAACUUCUUAUAACUCUUCACAGUUCUUUCUCCCUUAAUACUUACCACCAUAUGGUUUCCUCUGGCCCCCUUUACCUCAAUCACCACCUCUUCCUCUGGCCGCCUGCAUUUAAUUUAAGGAAACCCCACUUGGAUACCUUUCAUCCCUCCAUCUCCUAACAACCCUCGAAGCCAGAAGCCAUAGUAUUGGGUUUAUAUUUGUUAUAUUAUGUUGGUAUCAUGUUAUUAUUGAUCAUUGUAGAUGCUUUUAUUUGUGUAAUUGAAAACAGAUUCAAAUACAACAAUAAUAUGUCAA